CAACCAACAUGUUUUCCAAAAUUGUAGCUCUCUGCGCAUUCGUGGCGGUGUCCCAGGGGGGACUCCUGCCCGAGCCCCACUACCAGUCAGCCGUGUCUUCCCAGAGCAUUGUGCGUCACGAUGAGGGUCAGGCUACCAAGUUGGCCUACCAAGCCGCCCCUGUCGCCUACCAUGCCGCCCCUGCCGUCUCUUACCACGCCGCUCCUGCUGCUGUGACCUACCACGCCGCUCCCGUCGCUAAGGUCGCCGUUGCCGCCCCCAUCGCCUACCACGCCCCUGCCCCCGUCGCCUACCACGCCGCUCCCAUCACUAAGGUCCUCGCUCAGCCCGAGGAAUACGCCCACCCCAAAUACGAGUACUCUUACUCCGUUGCUGACCACCACACCGGUGACGACAAGUCGCAGCACGAGAUCCGCGACGGUGAUGUUGUGAAGGGCUCCUACUCCUUCCAUGAGGCUGACGGUUCCAUCAGAACUGUGGAGUACACCGCUGAUGACCACAAUGGCUUCAACGCGGUCGUGCACAACACUGCCCCCAAGGCUGCCCCCGUGGUAGUCAAGGCUGCCCCCCUGGUCCUCAAGGCCGCUGCUCCCGUCCUCUCCUACUACCACCACUAA